AUAGUCUUUUCCUUUCAGGAAACACAUCCUGUUAAUGUUUGACUGCCGUGGUAGUGGCUCUGUUUGUUGCAGUCGACUACGCCCUGAGGCUCACCAAAAACAGCCACAAAAACAGCCAUUUCCUCUUGGUGGGGAGGUGGGGGGGCCUUUUCCUCACUGCAGUGGCUGUUCUCCUCCCGGCACUCACAGCUCGGAUCUUCGGAGAGGGACACGGCAGAGCAGCCCCCUCGAGAUACUCCAGACUUGCAGAGCUCCUUUGGGAUGACCGCAUUCCUCUCUGGCUCAGCUUGGCUUUGAGAGAAUGACAUCUGUCACCGUUUGCAGGAUUUUCUGAAGUUUGCAUCCAAACCCAGGCUUUUGGAGAGGCGCUUGGUUGGCUCGGAGGGCCCUGCGCUCGGCAGGCUCCGGCGAGCAUCCCGCCUCUGCCCUGCCUCAGCUCAGGCUCUCCUGCCCCGAGACUGGAUUCUGCCCGGAUUCACCCCGUCCAACACGGAAUGGACCUCCCUGUCACCCAGUUCACCACAGGACUGGCACUACUUAUCAAAGUGCAAGAAGGUGGAUAAGUCAGCGCUAGGAAGGACUUAUUUUGUGUUCUUAUUUUAUGGAAUUCUCCUACCUACCUCACAAAAUUCUCAUUUCCUUGAUCAUAAACCCCUCUGGAGUUGACUUCAAGAAUGAACGGUGAUGUCCUCUAGCCCCCCAUAACCGCCCAGUGCAGCCUGUUCCCAGCCCCAUUUCAAUGUGCUGCAGCUGACUGGGACCCUGUGUUGUCUGCAAUCAGAGACUGGCAGUAAGCUGACAGUCAGAUAUGACUGUCCAGAAACUGGUAGCCACAGCUGUGUUGGUAGCUCUGGUCUCACUGAUCCUUAACAACGCGGCUGCCUUUACCCCCAACUGGGUGUACCAGACGCUGGAGGACGGGCGGAAGCGUAGCGUGGGGCUCUGGAGGAUGUGCUGGCUGGCAGAGCGGAGCAGAGGGGCUGCAAGCACCAGUGCCAGGCACGGGCAAGGGGAGGAGCAGGAGUGUGAAGCCCUGGGCUGGGGUUCGGAGUCGGCUGGAUUCCAGGAGUCUCGCAGCACUGUCAAACUGCAGUUCGACAUGAUGAGGGCCUGUAACCUCAUCGCCACGGUGGCUCUGACCGCGGGCCAGCUCAUCUUUGUCCUGGGGCUCAUGGAGCUCCCCAUCAUCUCCCAGGACACUCAGUGGUGGGAGGAGGCCAUAGCUGCCGUGUUCCAACUUGCCAGUUUUGUUCUAGUUAUUGGGCUGGUGACAUUCUACCGCAUCGGGCCAUACACUAACCUCUCCUGGUCCUGCUACCUGAACAUUGGAGCCUGCCUUUUGGCCACGCUGGCAGCUGCCAUCCUGAUCUGGAACAUCCUCCACAGGCGCGAGGACUGCAUGGCCCCCCGGGUCAUCGUCAUCAGCCGCACUCUGACCGCUCGCUUUCGCCGGGGCUUGGAAAACGACUACGUGGAGUCACCAUGCUGAAGGAGAGCACUCGGAAGGGGAAGGAUCUCCAAGGAGAUCUGCAUUGGAAUUGUUUUUCUAUAAAUAUAUGCUAUAAUUUAAAACUAAGGGUUGAAAGACAUCACAACGCUCACUCUUGUGGGCAGAGGCCCUCAAUUAUUAUUUGGAUGGGCUCCAUCUAUAUAUAUAUAUAUGUAUAAAACACAUAAUAUUAUAUAUAUUAUAUUAUAUUAUAUUGCCCUCUCCCUCUGCUGUACAGCACAGAAUGUUGGAUUGUCAGAAUCCUGACAGAGAAUCACAGCUGCAUGGCAGCAGGGUCAGCUGGAGAAGACACCGAGUGUGUGCAAUGAGAACACGGGAAAGGGAACCAAACACGUUUUCUCUGUCUGCAUCAAGUUCUCCUGCUCCCUAAUAAUAAAGUAAAAAGCUAUAGGCUUUGGAGUUAACAGGCAAUCUGAGAAAGCAGAAAACUAUAGAAUAAGUGAUGGGUUUAACAGCUGUUCAAAUUUCAUGACUCUCUAGUCCUUCCAUCCACCUCUCUACAAGGAAUGGAUUCCCAUUAGCUGUAACACCUGCUCCCAGCCCCAGCACAGCCCAGAGAGUAAACAGCAAAAGCAACUCCAACUAUUUCAAGGUAAAGAAAGGGAAUGCAGAAGAAUUAAGUUGCAUUUUUUCAGACACUUCUUUUGUAUCCUGAGACAAAGGUUUGGGUUUGUCCCAUGUGUAAACAGACAAUAAAAAUGAGAAGGGUACACAGCUAGAACAGGCUACACAUGCUGCUGAAAAAUCUACUUCAGUGUUACAUUGAGGGCAAAUAUCUUCAGGAGGUUACCUGGACUCCCUAAUAAUCACAGAUAUGAUUAACUUACAUUGUUGGGAACUAUUAUCAAAACCAGAUAUUUCAGCCCAAAUUGGUUUCUUUUCUUCCCAGCCAGCUUUAACAUUUGCUGUGACAUUAGAGUGCUAUGGCAGGACAUCAGCUCUGCCCAGCAAUGCUCAGAGGGACAUAACACAGGGAACACUGGAGAACAGAGCUGCCACUCAAGCACCCAAACUGGAAAGUAAGACACAUAUACAAGACUUCAGCAUGAGAUUUAAAAACAACCUGCCUGGUAACUUAAUGUGGUCAUGGCUAGGCUUAGUGAACGAAGAUUUAGGAAGGCUCUAUCCACAUUUGUUACAAGCACGCUGGUGGCUAAUGAUGUGGUAACAAAGUGAAAAAUGAAUACCUUUGGAAUGAGGCCUAUUAUAAGACUCACCCUGAUAAGCACGUUGGCUCACAAAAGUCCUGUGCAUGUAAUUUUCAGGAAGAAAAACAACACACCAAAAACUAUUAUGCAGGAACACUUGGGAUACAGGAACCUGAAGCAAUGUCAGGUGUUUAAAAGCUCUCAGGAUGCUGCUCUGAGCACAGUUAGUGAUAGGUUUGACGGACCAUGAGCUGUGAAUGUUACAAAUCCCUUAGGACUGUUGUGUUGCUCCCAGCUGAGUACACUGCUUUGCUUCUCUAUUUCCACACUUUGUUAAAAUGUGAUCAUCAAGCUGGCUCUUGAGUUCUGUUCUGCACUCAGUUUGGAUGUGAUAAGAAACUCAACCCCGACUGCUGCUCUGCACCACGUUUCAAGUGAGCAACACUCUGCAGAGACUGAUGCUCUAGAACAACUGCACUGCUCUAGACUAUCAGAGUAAACACCAUAAAGCUGACAAAGAGUUUCUUCUAGCAGUAGGUUUGUAAAAACCAACUAAGAUUAGUAUUCAUUUGCCUGCAUUACUUUCUGGGAAAAAAAAUAAUUCCAAAAAUAAUAUGCUAUGAUUAAAUGCAGGGGGUUUUAAAAUAAAAUAUUGUGGAAUAUUUAAGAGACAUUAUAUUAUUUCUCCUAAUAUUGCAAUAUCCAUAUUAUAAUAAUGUACAUUUAAAUUUAAAAAUCAGCUAUGUGGUUGGUAAAUCUGUAAUACACGGUAUUACUGUGAUUAUUUUAGUUGUAUAAAUAAAGUUGUGAAUGUUCA